CAAAAAGAAAAACCGGUUUGCUAAGUUUAGUUCCCGACAACUUACACCCAACCUAUAAGAACCUUUAGAUUUCGCUAUUCAUACUACUGGUAGUACAUCUGACUAGUGGGAGAUUCCCGAACUCAACUUGGCUUGGUCAUAAACCUACCCUGCAUCUAUAUUCCUCGAGGCUCCAGCAAAGCAAAGCACUGGCAAUAGCAAGCAGGAGUAAGCAUGCCGCCGCCUCCCAUAUCCAACACAUCGGCAGAGCCCACGCUCUACGACAUCCUCGCGCUGUCGCCCAAGCACCUGGAGGGGCAGACGGGUGCUGCUCAGCAGCAGAAGAUCGUGAAGCAGGCGUACCGCCGGGCCCUAUUGAAAUACCACCCGGACAAGGCUGGGCCCGCGGCUUCUUCUUCUACCACCCCGCCACCAUCUUCCUCUACCCCUCCCCCUCCCCCCAAUUCCACCUCAAAACCAGAGAACUCCCAAAAGAAACCCCCUUCCCCUUCUUCUUCUUCUUCUUCCUCUUCCUCUAAGCCCCAACCGCGCAUCCAAUACACCGUCGACCAAAUCCAACACGCCUACUCCAUCCUCUCGAACCCCCAGCAGCGCCGCGCCUACACGCAAACCCUCCAUUCCCCCUCCCCCUCCUCCCGCCCCCCCUUCCAACCCACAGGCCUGGAAACCGUCGACCUCGACGACGUCGCGUACGACCCUCGCAACGGGGGGGUGUACCACCGCCCCUGCCGGUGCGGCAACCCGCGCGGCUACGCCUUCACCGAGGACAACCUCGCGCAGUUCGAGGACGACGGCGUGCUCAUGGUCGAGUGUCUGGACUGUAGUCUGUGGGUCAGGGUAUUAUUUGCCGCCGCUGAUGAUGAUGAGGAGGAUGAGGAUGAGGAUGAGGAUGAUGAGUAUCAGCAGCACAGCAAUAGCAAUAACACCACUACCGCCACCUUCACAGCUACAGCUACAGCUAGCACUAGUCCCAGAGGCAUCAACAACCCCCCCGACACCCUCGGCCCACGCAACAACAACAACAACAACAUCGACAUCAUCACAGCCGGUGAGCGACGCGGCAGCGGCGCCCGCAGGGGCUUCACUUUUAACUGGACCGUGAACUGGGGGAUAUCGCUGACGGGGUCCGCGACAGUGGGGUCAGGGUCCGGCACAUCACCAUCAUCAUCAUCCGUCGCUGCCACUCGGCGGUAGAUAGAGUUAAGAAUAGAAAGCGCGAGACCACCAAAAAAAAAAAAGAGUCGAGUUCCGUCAACCGGAACCUUUGAUGAUAACUCGGCUUAAUUAAUCACACUAGGAGGGAACUUAACUUUUAACUUGAAGUAUGUGAUUUGAUUUAUAUUCAUGUCUUGUACUAAUAAUGAUUUAUGUACUGUAAACAUUGAAGAAGGGCGUACAUAUCGGAGAUAGGUAGGUACCUAGCUAGGUACCUGGGGUUUUGACAUGGCGUUGCUACUGUUCGCGAUAUGUAUUUGGGCAGCAGACUGGAUACCUAGUAUAGGAGUUGACCAGCCAGGAAGGGCUGCGACAACAUGUAAAGGGCAUCAAGAAUCGGCAUUGUAUUAUUUUCUAGUACUUACGAAUAUGACGGACUAGUCGUUAAUUAUGCCUUCAGGAAAAUCUUACGAGUGAGACGUGCAAACCAAAUAGAUCCCAU